UCUCCCAUUCUCUUACAUCUGCUGCAUAUGCUGUGAUCCUCAGCUGCACAUCAUGUCCGUGACUUGGUCCUCCAGGAUGUCGGCCGGUAGUGGCCAGGGCCUGUCUGGGGGAAUAGGAGGCGGUGGAGCCAGGUUGGGCUUUGGCUUUGGGGGAGUUGGAGAUGGCUUUGGGGGAGGUGGCAGUGGCUUUGGGGGAGGUGGCAGUGGCUUUGGGGGAGGUGGCGGAGGAGGCUUGGGCAUGGGGCUGGGCUUGGGAGGAGGACUGGCUAUGGGGUCUGGGCUGGGGUUGGGUGGGGGAGCAGGGGGUGGGCUGGGUUUCGGUGGUGGCUUAGGUGGAGGUGGUGGUGGAGGAUAUGGUGGAGGAUAUGGUGGAGGUGGAGGUUAUGGUGGAGAUGGUGGUUAUGGUGGAGGUUAUGGUGGAGGUUAUGGUGGCGGCGGAGGCCUGAUGGCCAGUCCUGCCUUCGCUAUGGGACGCACCAUGGCAGCAGGGGGGAUCGGUGGCGGGUCGGCCAUGGCAUUGGGUACCUCUCUGGGCCCAGCAUUGGCUCCUAUGCGGUCCCGGCAGGCAGAGAAGAACAUGCUGUCCGGCCUCAACGAACGUUUCUCCUCGUACAUGGGCAAAGUGAGAGCCCUCCAGCAGGAGAAUGCCAUCCUGGAGGCCAGACUGUCCCAGUUGUCGGGGGGUGCGGACAUGGGGUCUCCAGAGUCCUCCAGCACCACCACAGCGGAGUACGAGGCUCAGCUCGGCGAGUACCGCGUUGCCCUGGAGACGCUCACCCUGGACACCAUCAAACUGGAGAUCGAGCUGGACAACGUUCGCGGCACUGCCCACGAACUCAAGGCCAAGUUUGACUUUGAGCAAGGGGUGAAGUUUCAGCUGGACUCUGACAUUUCAGCUAUGAAGAAGGACAUAGAUAUGGCAUCUGAAUUACGCAUUGAUUUGGAUGCCAAGUACUCCAGCUUGAAGGACGAACUGGAAUUUGUCACCAAGACGCAGGAAGAGGAAUUGUCCACUCUGCAGUUCAAACUGGGAACCAAGUCUAUGGACACGUCCGUGUCCAUGAUCGAGGUUGACACGGUCAAGUCCUUCGACAUCUCCACCGCUCUCAACAAGAUCAGGGUGGAGUACGAGAAGUCUGUGCAGCAACACAGAGAUGAGGCGGACGCCUACUACAAACUGAAGAUGGAAGAGAUACAGACCGCUACUGCCAAGAGUUCGGAGGCCGUCUCAGAGGCUAAGAUGGAAAUCUCAGUGGCCCGGAAGGAGCUGCAGGCUUUCGGUCUAGAGCUCCAAGGCCUGGUCACUGCAAACAUGUCCCUGGAGCAGAGCUUGGCAGAAGCCCAUGCCCAGUCAAGCAUGGGCGUGGCCGGGUACCAGAGUCAGACCUCCAGCUUGACGUUGGCCAUCGAGGUGGCCAAAAAUGACCUCCACAAGCAGAUCAUGGCCUACCAGGAGCUUCUGGACGUCAAGCUGGCUCUAGACGUGGAGAUCUCCACUUACAGAACCCUACUGGAAGGAGACCACUUCAAAUUACCUGAGACAUCCGGAUUUACAGCAUCUUCCUACAGUUUCUCGGCUGGAGGCGGAGGAGGGGGAAUUCAAGUUAAACAGAUCAUAACAGAACACACGGAGACCUCUCUUAUCUCUGACGCCGCAUCCGCAGACGAAUCUGAAUCCACCUGAUUCCACCAGGGUACCUUUGGAACGUUGGACGCUCAGAUGCUAAAGCAACUCUUUUUAACCUAACCCUCUCUAGCUUCUCUGUCAAUCUAUAUCCCC